AUGUUAGCUCUGCAAAACUGCUUCCUCCUCUUAUUCUGUUUAGUUGUUCUAACAGUCCCUGUGAAAAGUGCUUUUCUUCCACCCUGUGAGCCGGUGAAUGAGACUGUAGCAGUGGAGAAAGUGGGCUGUCCAAAAUGUCUGGUGUUUCAAACCACCAUCUGCAGUGGCCACUGCUUAACUAAGGAGCCUGUAUACAAAAGCCCAUUUUCCACUGUAUAUCAGCAUGUGUGCACAUACCGAGACGUACGCUAUGAGACUGUGCGCUUGCCCGACUGCCCUCCAGGGGUGGACCCUCACAUCACCUACCCGGUGGCUCUCAGCUGCGACUGCAGCCUCUGCACCAUGGACACCUCCGACUGCACGAUCGAAAGCUUGCAGCCUGAUUUCUGCAUGACUCAGAGAGAGGAAUUCUCAUCCUACUAA